GUCAGCAAGGAGGCUUUUGCAUGAUGUGCGUUAUGCAGAACCACAUGAUCCAGGCUUUUGCCAACAGCGGCAACGUAAUAAAGCCAGUGUCCUUCAUCCGAGACCUCAAGAAGAUUGCCCGGCACAUCCGCUUCGGCAGCCAGGAGGAUGCGCACGAGUUCCUGCGUUACACCAUCGACGCCAUGCAGAGGGCCUGCCUCAGUGGCUGUACCAAGUACGUGGGGCCUCUGAGGGCCCGUUGCUGCUUGCGCCAGAUCUUUGGCGGUUACCUGCGGUCCCGUGUGAAGUGCUCGGUGUGCAAGAAUGUCUCGGACGCCUAUGACCCUUACCUGGACCUGGCACGGGAGAUCAAGCAUGCCGCGGACAUAGUGCGGGCGCUGGAGCUGUUUGUGAGGCCAGAUGUGCUGGGGGGGGAGGACGCCUACAUGUGUGCCAAAUGCAAGAAGAAAGUGUCGGCCAGCAAACGCUUCACCAUCCACCGGGCCUCCAACGUCCUCACUCUCUCGCUGAAGCGCUUUGACUUCGGUGGAGGCAAAAUCACAAAGGACGUGGGGUACCCCGAGUUCCUGAACAUCCGCCCUUACAUGUCUCAGAACAACGGGGAUGCUGUCCUGUACGGGCUCUACGCGGUGCUGGUGCACUCUGGGUACAGCUGCCAUGCCGGGCACUACUACUGCUACGUGAAGGCCAGCAACGGGCAGUGGUAUCAAAUGAAUGAUGACCUGGUCCGCUCAAGCAACAUCAAAGUGGUCCUCAACCAACAGGCCUACCUUCUGUUCUACCUGAGAAUCCCCGGCCCCAGGAAGAGCUCGGAGGGGCCCAUCGCCAAAGCUGCCUCCAGCCUGCCUGGCCGUGCUGGCAGUGUCUCUGGUCAGGUCAAGAACGCUGUGACCAACGGGCCCCUGUCUUCACCGCUCAUGGGCCGGCUGCCUGCUGGGUCCCCAUCACCCAAACUGCCCCUCAAAGCCACCCUCAAAGCCACCCCCACGGCCACAGCGCUGCCUGAUGACACAGCCCGGAGGCCCAAGAAGCAGCUCUCCUGCUCGCAACUGCCUCCCACACCCAGAGCAGUUCAGGGCUUCUGCGACACCAGCAACGCAAGUGCGGCCAAAGCAGAGCUGCCCCGGCAGAGCUCCUGGGAGAGCAAGCAGCUGCCUACCUCACCCAAGCUGCUGCUGGAGCCCCGCCCCACCCAGGAGCCCCGGGGCAACUCUAAGCCGGCGAAACUGAAAUCCUCCCUGCUGGCCAGCGCCGGGCUGGAGCCGAGCAGCACCACGUCCCCGCCACCGGCCAAGAAGCUGGCGCUCUCUGCCAAAAAGGGCAGCACCCCGCGGAAGGCGAGCGGAAGUGACCGCCAUGCACAACCUCACCCACAAUUUGCUGACCGCACGUACCCCAUGAACACCACCCACCCCGACUCCUCUCCCCGGCCUGUCGGCAAGUCGAGGUGA